GAGGGGGCCGGCGGAGGAGGCUGCUGCUGCUGCUGCUGCAAAGGAGGAAGAAGAGCGGGAGAGGAAGGAGCGACCGGGGAGGCUUGGAAGGGAAUCGUUCGCCGCCGCCGCCAUGGAGAACGCGCACACCAAGACCGUGGAGGAAGUGCUGGCUUAUUUCAGCGUCAACGAGAGCACCGGCCUCAGCACCGAGCAAGUCAAGAAGCUGCGGGAGAGGUGGGGGGCCAACGAACUACCAGCUGAAGAAGGAAAAACUUUACUUGAACUUGUGAUCGAACAGUUUGAAGAUUUAUUAGUUAGAAUUUUGUUGUUGGCAGCAUGUAUAUCUUUUGUGUUGGCCUGGUUUGAAGAAGGUGAAGAAACAGUAACAGCCUUUGUAGAGCCUUUUGUAAUUUUACUCAUAUUAGUUGCUAAUGCAAUCGUGGGUGUAUGGCAGGAGAGAAAUGCCGAAAAUGCUAUUGAAGCUCUUAAAGAAUAUGAACCUGAAAUGGGUAAAGUAUAUCGACAAGACAGAAAAAGCGUACAAAGGAUAAAAGCUCGAGACAUCGUCCCUGGCGAUAUCGUGGAAGUAGCAGUUGGAGACAAGGUCCCUGCUGAUAUAAGAAUUACUUCUAUAAAAUCUACAACUCUAAGGGUAGACCAGUCAAUUCUCACAGGUGAAUCCGUGUCUGUAAUUAAGCACACAGACCCCGUGCCUGAUCCUCGCGCAGUGAAUCAAGACAAGAAGAAUAUGCUCUUUUCUGGUACAAACAUUGCUGCAGGCAAAGCCAUGGGUGUGGUUGUGGCCACGGGGGUGAACACUGAAAUUGGCAAAAUCCGUGACGAAAUGGUGGCCACUGAGCAAGAGAGGACCCCCCUUCAGCAGAAGCUGGAUGAAUUUGGGGAGCAGCUAUCAAAGGUCAUCUCGCUCAUAUGCAUUGCGGUGUGGAUAAUCAACAUUGGCCACUUCAACGAUCCUGUCCAUGGCGGCUCUUGGAUUCGGGGUGCCAUCUACUACUUCAAAAUUGCUGUUGCCCUGGCCGUGGCGGCCAUCCCCGAGGGUCUGCCUGCUGUCAUCACCACCUGCUUGGCUCUGGGCACUCGCCGAAUGGCCAAGAAGAAUGCUAUCGUGCGGAGCCUCCCGUCGGUUGAAACCCUGGGCUGCACGUCAGUCAUUUGCUCAGAUAAGACGGGCACUCUCACCACCAACCAGAUGUCUGUCUGCAGGAUGUUCAUUCUGGACCGAGUGGAAGGGGAUAGCUGUUCUCUGAAUGAAUUUACAGUGUCUGGCUCUACAUAUGCUCCUAUGGGAGAAGUGCAUAAAGAUGACAAACUUGUCAGAUGCUCUCAGUAUGAUGGCCUUAUAGAAUUGGCAACCAUCUGUGCCCUCUGCAACGACUCUUCUCUGGAUUUCAAUGAGGCAAAGGGAGUAUAUGAGAAGGUUGGUGAAGCUACCGAGACCGCCCUCACUUGUCUGGUGGAGAAGAUGAACGUGUUUGACACAGAAUUGAAAGGCUUGUCCAGAAUUGAACGCGCCAAUGCUUGCAACUCGGUGAUAAAGCAACUCAUGAAGAAAGAGUUCACUCUCGAGUUCUCACGAGAUAGAAAAUCGAUGUCCGUGUACUGCACGCCGAACAAGCCCAGCCGGAUCGCCAUGAGCAAGAUGUUCAUUAAGGGUGCUCCUGAAGGUGUGAUUGACAGGUGUACACACGUCCGGGUCGGAAGCACUAAGAUACCAUUGACACCUGGAAUUAAGCAGAAGAUCCUGACCGUCAUCCGAGAGUGGGGCACGGGCAGAGACACGUUGCGUUGUCUAGCCCUGGCAACUCACGACAAUCCACCCAGGAGGGAUGAAAUGAACCUGGAGGAUUCUGCAAACUUCAUCAGCUACGAGACCAAUCUGACCUUCGUCGGCUGUGUGGGGAUGCUGGAUCCCCCCAGAAUUGAAGUGGCUUCGUCCAUAAAGCUGUGCAGGCAAGCCGGCAUUCGUGUGAUCAUGAUAACUGGGGAUAACAAAGGGACCGCGGUGGCCAUCUGUCGCCGCAUCGGCAUCUUUGGAGAAGACGAGGAUGUCACCUCAAGAGCCUUCACUGGCCGUGAAUUUGACGAACUCACCCCAGCUGCCCAGAGGGACGCUUGCCUAAAUGCCCGCUGCUUUGCCCGCGUGGAACCUUCUCACAAGUCUAAAAUUGUUGAGUUUCUGCAGUCUUUUGAUGAGAUCACAGCUAUGACGGGCGAUGGUGUAAACGAUGCCCCAGCCUUGAAGAAGGCAGAAAUUGGAAUUGCGAUGGGGUCGGGCACCGCGGUCGCGAAGACCGCUUCAGAAAUGGUGCUGGCGGAUGACAAUUUCUCAACGAUCGUAGCUGCUGUGGAAGAGGGCCGUGCAAUCUACAAUAACAUGAAACAGUUCAUUCGCUACCUCAUCUCUUCCAAUGUUGGGGAGGUUGUCUGUAUCUUCCUGACUGCUGCUCUGGGUUUCCCUGAAGCUUUAAUUCCCGUCCAGCUGUUGUGGGUGAACCUUGUGACUGACGGCCUCCCUGCCACGGCCCUGGGAUUCAACCCCCCCGACCUGGACAUAAUGAACAAACCUCCUCGCAAUCCUAAGGAGCCCCUGAUCUCUGGCUGGCUCUUUUUCCGUUAUUUGGCAAUUGGAUGCUACGUUGGAGCUGCUACCGUGGGGGCUGCCGCCUGGUGGUUUAUCGCGGCUGACGGCGGCCCAAGAAUCACCUUCUACCAGCUGAGCCAUUUCCUGCAGUGCAAGGAUGAAAACCCAGAUUUUGACGGUGUCGACUGUGUUGUCUUUGAGUCUCCAUAUCCUAUGACGAUGGCCCUGUCCGUCUUGGUCACUAUUGAGAUGUGCAAUGCCCUCAACAGCCUGUCAGAGAACCAGUCCUUGCUACGGAUGCCUCCAUGGGAGAACGUCUGGCUGCUGGGUUCCAUCUGCCUUUCCAUGUCUCUUCAUUUCCUCAUCCUUUAUGUGGAGCCGCUGCCACUGAUCUUCCAAAUCACGCCUCUGAAUCUGACCCAGUGGCUGAUGGUGUUGAAAAUCUCGCUACCCGUCAUUCUCCUGGAUGAGACACUUAAAUUUGUGGCGCGUAACUACUUAGAGCCUGCAAAACUGGAGUAAUCACUUAGCCCUAAGCAAAUUUUGCAGAAACGUAAGAUUAAUUUUUGUUGUGUGCAUGCGUCUUUAGCUAACAUCUACGAAGCUUAUCUGCAUGAGUCUUGUAAACGAAAACAGAAACAAAAUUCUUUCCCUAGGGAGGGAGGAAAAAAUAGAACUGAAAACUCGUGUUCUGUGAAGGAAGUGUGUGGUGCUCUUUAAGCUUCAGUUCAUAUACAGAUCUCCAAAUGUGCAAUAUAGUUUUUAACUGAUAAAACAGACCUCUGCAAGGAAGUUUUGGGGUUCUUUGCUGCAUGAAGACAACAGUCUCCCUAAACUGCUAAGCGAGAAUUGAGGAGUGGUGACCGGCCAAGUUUUAUUCUCCUUUUUUCAUAUUUCGUUGUGUAAAAUGUCAUAGUUGAUACAAUGUACAAUAUUGGAUUGUAAUGCAUGCUUUCCAGUUGUAAGUAGCCAAUAAUCUCUAUUGUAUCUUAACAUACCACUUUAAAACAGCUCUGUACAAUAUGCAGUUCUAUUUAUACAGAUUCAUUGACAACGGUACUGUUGUUGAACGUUUGAAGAAACUGUUAAAAAAAACCCCUUCGAUUCCAUAACUUCCGCUUUUUAAAAAAAAUAUCUUGGAGUGUGCAAAUAGACUUAUUUUGCACUGUAAUAAUGUAACUUAUUUAAAUCUAAAGCCGUAGACACACAUUGGUGCAAUACACAUGUUGUGAUGGCGUUUUAUCUUAACAGCAACAGAAGCCUAAUCAUGAACGUUGUUCAAGCAGCACGUGAGACUUAUUUUUUAGAAGUUGUAAAUAACAUUGGUGGUUCUGAUUCAAUGCUGACAAUAACGGGCAUCACACCUACCAUUCUGGUUUCAGGUAAAAUAAACUUAUUCUAUGAUAACA